CACGUGGCUCCACCAAACUAGCUGCAACAGCAAUGAGCAAACACCCGGUGGAACUGCGCAUCUGCGGUGCUCAACAUUCAAACCGCUUCCCAGUCCAGUCCUUUGCGGAUUAGGAAAUGCCUCAUUGGAGGAAAUGCGUUCUUGGAUGCGAGGGAGACUACCCUCUUUUUACGCUUCCCAAGGAUGCCACGAUUCGCCAGAAAUGGUUGGACUUUAUUUUUGGAGACUUCCCUCCUCCGAAAAAAAACUGGUAUAUUUGUGCGAGACACUUUACUGAUGACAGCUUUCUAAACAAAGGCCUGUUUGAUAAAGGACUGAUAGGAAGAUUGUCACUAUUAGACCAUGCAAUACCAACCAGGCUUAAACCGUUUGAGUGGGGACAGGGCACACCUGUCUCCAGAUCGGUUGGGACUUCCUGUGUAGUAGAGAUGAAGUCCCAAGGAACAUCCACAACACCACAGACUGCAGAAAUUGGUAUUCAGUGUAUGCUUGUGACUCCCACCCUAGAUGACCAGGACAGCAACGGCCCUGAAAGUGAUGAGGAACCUGAGACUGAUGAGGAGGACACGGACUGGGCACCUGGUGCAGAAGAGUCUGAGGAUGAGGACUUCGACCUCAAAGACGUGGCCGAAACCUGCCCAGCGGCGGAGCGUAAAUUCAUUGUCUUUGAAAGUUGUUUGAGGACGCUGUUCGCUGUGUGUGUCGUCUGCUCCGGGGCCUGCACAGUGACGAUGAAGCAGAUCAUGGGCACCAUGGUGGCCGUGAGCAGUGUCUGCAAGAGGACAGACGGACACACCCGGGUGUGGUACAGCCAGCCGGCCCACAACAGCAUGCCGGUGGGCAAUUUGAUGAUGGCGGCAGCCACCUUAUUCAGUGGGUGUUCACCAACAAUUGCCCUGAACCUUUUCCGACACAUGAGUGUUGGAAUCUACAGUUUGAAGACGUUUUUCAGUCUGCAGCGCUGCUAUUUGGUCCCUGCUAUUCAAAGGGUUUGGAACACCAAGCAGCAGGCCAUGAUUAUGAAGAGAAAGGGAACGCCACUAAGACUGGGCGGAGAUGCUCGCUGCUGCUCAUCACGGCAUACAACCAAGUAUGGCAGCUAUUCCUUAAUGGAUAUGAAUACUGGUGUGGUGCUCACCACCCGUCUAGUGGAGUGCAAUGAAGUGCAGAGCAGCGCAGCAGUGGAGUUGGAGGGCCUGAAACAGGGGAUCCGCUUCCUGGAGCAACAUGGCCUCACUAUAGCUGAACUCAUCACAGACAGACAUAUGCAGGUCUGCAAAUGGGUCAGAACGGAAAAGCCCGACAUCAGACAGCGGUUUGACGUAUGGCACGUUUCCAAGGGCAUCUUCAAAAAACUUGUGGCAGUGGCCAAAAAGCCAGGCUGUGCUUCAGUGGGGCUGUGGGCUCAGUCUAUCUCCAACCAUCUGUGUUGGACAGCAGCCACCAGCGGUGGAGACGCAGACAUGGCUGUGCAGAAAUGGACUUCUGUGGCUCGUCACGUCUGCAACAUCCACGAGGGCCACGGCGACAUGUUCCCGCGGUGCGAGCACGGACAGAUGAACAGACAGUGGGUGGAGAACGGCAGCAGAGCACAGAAAGAAAUCCAGGCGGUUGUCCUGAGCUCCAGGCUGCUGGCGGACGUCCGUCAGCUGUCCCCUCCAGAGCAGACGUCGUACUUGCAGUCUUUUCAUAACGUCGUCUGCUUCUUCGGAAGUAAACAGGGGCAUUUCCUUCGUCCCUCACUGGAAGCAAAACUGAUUUUGGCAGCUCUCCACUUUAACGAGAACAUGGCAAAUGAGCAGGCCAGGAAACAGGACAGGGCUCAGCGGUGGAAGGUGUCCUAUCCAAAGUUUAAGAAAGGUGGCGCUGUGGUUCGGCCUGUGAAGGAUUCUCACACAUAUGACUAUGUCAGACACCUGAUGGAGCUUGUGUGGCAGAUGCGGCUGGAGGUUCCCUUCUAUGAAGACGUAGAUACAGAAACUUCUGUUUCUUAGCUCUGGUUGUGCGUUUAGGGUCGUUGUCUUACAUUUGUUUCCAUCUUAGAUCAAAUUUGCUCUUCUAGUUCUGCUUGUUUUAAACUCUAUAAUUUUUCCCAUCAACUCUGACCCACUUCCAUAACCAGGUUAACGAAAAGCAAGUCCAAUGCAUGAUGCUGCCACCACCAUGUUUUGCUCUUAGAGCAGUGUGUUCAGGGUGAUGUGCUGUGUUAGUUUUUCUUCAUAAAGGUCAGAAAGUUACAUUAUAGGCUCUUAUUACAUUUAAGGUAUUUUGGACUUUUAAUUAGGUUUAUUAGAGUAAUGGGGGCUGAAUACAAAUGCUGGCAAUCGUUCACAUAAUUUUGUAGCUAAAAAGUUGAAAAUCUACAUUUAAUUUUCUCUACGUUUCACGAUUAUGCACAUAUAAAAUCAUGUUAAAUCCUAGAAAUGCACUUAGGUUUCUAAGUAAGUGAAACCUUAUUUAUAUAUCAUCUCUCAAGACACAAAAUAAGAAAGUGCUUCACAACAGUCAGUAAUGCAUAAAAAAGACAAAUAGUAAUAAUAGUAAAGAAAAGAAAAGCAGAUUUAAAUGUGUUUCUAACUGACUUUUAAAAUAGAACUGGAAAUCCAGUUUUGCAAAACUGCUGCAGUAAAUUGAGAAAAUGUAAAAAAUUCUAGGGUUAUUAAUACCUUUACAAAGCACUAUACAGUAUGUCCCAAUAAACAGCAUUUACUGUUAAAAAUAAAAUAAAAUACAAAUUCUUUCAAAGAAAAAAAAAACCCAAACAAACUUCUGGAACAAAAUGCAAAAACAACUUGAUGUUUGAAAAAUAAUUUAUUUGCAAUAAAUUAGAUUUUUAAAGUACGAUAGAGUUCAUAUGUAUCCUAAAAUUUAAAGCCACUGAUUUACAUAAACGUCACAUUUUUAUUUAGUCUUGCAGAGUUACCUUGAGAGAAUGAAGUGGCUUUUCUCACGUUGUUACACAUUUUAAUUUAAUUGUACUUAUUUUUUUAAAGCAUGUUUCUCAGAGAGCAGUGGCUCCAGCUUUGGGAUCCUUUAACAUCGCUUCUGGUGGAUGAGGAAAAAAAAAAAAAUCUGGAUAUUUAAUUAUUUAAUUAGUUUUUUUCUGAUGUCGCAAAAUUAUUGCAGUCACUUCAAAGGUUUUCUGAAAAACAGCUGAAAUCCUGUACAGUUUGGUGCAGCAGUUUUCCUCCUAAUGUACAGUUACUAAUAAUUGAAUUUCCAGCCCUGAGUGCAGUCCCUCUGCUUCCACACAAAAUCACAUUCCAUGAUCACUUUGCCUGAGCUGAGCCACCUUGAACGCUUUCCAAACGCUCUGACAGUUUUGUAAAUGCUCAUCAUUAAUAAAAAUUAUCUGAGUCUUUUUAACAAUGAUUUUGAUUUUUGCUUUUUGUCUGGGUGGAAUGAUGUAACAAUCAGAUUCAAUAAUAUUUUAAAACAACCUUGAAUUUGUGCAGGAUUUUGUCUAAUCCACACAGGGACGACAUUAGAUAUUCAGUCUCAUAUAUCAUACACCUUCACUGAUAUUUGAUUAAAUGACACCAUCCAAUUUUUUAGUUACUAAAAAGCUUCUGGUGUAAUUCUGGCUGAGUUUGUGACCACUCUUUACAAAAAUUGGUUGGUUUCUUGUCACAUUCUUGGCUUUUAAUCAAGCUAAAUAAUUUUCUAUGCGGUUAAAGUUGGGAAUUUCCACUACCAACUAGUUUUAAUGAGUGUUUGGGACUAUUGUCUUGUUGGAACUCCAAACUGUACCCUAGACUGAGCAAUCCAGCCAAAAAUAUUACCUCAAAUAAAAAAAUUAUAAAAGUUUACAUUGUUCAAGCACAAUCCGGUGCAGGUUUUUCAUAAACAGGCAACAGUAAUGUAAUUAUUUACAAGAACAUGAAUCAGAAAAAAAGAAGCAUCUGCUGAAAGUGGGCAGCUUCAAACGCCACUGAAAUUAGCUUCCGUCUAUAUAAACAAGCUAAUCACAUGCUUGAUAAAAGUUUCACGAUUAAAGACAAAACUGGUUGUUUAGCGGCUAGUG